GUCAAAAAUGGGAUAUCAGUUCAAUCAUUUCAUAUGAGAGAAGAAAGAAAUAAAACGAAUCUCGAUCGUCCUUCUCUCUAAACCCUACGCCAGAGGAGAAGAGAGAGAUAUGCGUAUCGAUUCUUCACGUUGCCAUCGAAGCUCUGGGCUACUUGAACCGAUGAUGGUGGGAAUCAUGGCUUCGUAUUCUAAAGAAGGUCUCGCGGGUUCCGCCAAAUCAGCCACGGAAUUGCCUCCGAAGCUGCACCGCUUGCGUAAUUUGCACCGGUAUUUGCAAGGGGACGCCUCCGUUUUCCUCACCGAGCUUCUUCCUCUCCUUUUGGAUCUUCUCUCCGAUCAAUUCGGCGCUGUCCGCAAGUUUGUCGCCGAAUGCAGGAUACUUGGUGAAAUAGGCUUAAAACAUGUGGAAUAUUUGCCUGAAAUAGUGCCCCUUUUAAUUAAGUCUCUCAACGAUGAGGCACCAGCUGUGGCGAGGGUUUGCAUUCUAUUGAGUUGGAUGAGCUUCUUGAAUCCUCGUGGACAUGGAUGGUUAAGUUCAAGGAUGAAAUAUGCUCAGUGGCUUUCAAGUGGUAUAAAAUUGUGCGCUAUGAAGUUUGUGGAAGCGCUUAUCCUUUUGUAUACACCUGACCCUAGCGGGUCUUCGGAAUCUCCUUGUCACGAAGGUCCUCUUUUGAAAAUUGGAGACUUGUCGGUUGAGGCCAGCCAGAAAUUGGGUUUACUGCUUGAUCAGCUUAGGCACCCUGCAGCAAAAUCUCUAAAUAGCUCGACGAUUAUUGUUCUCAUCAAUAGAUGGAGAUCCAGGACGUCAUGUAAAUCUGUCUUAUGGUUCAAGAGUUCCUCUUCAUUUCCCAUUCUUUUUCGUGUACAGUCUUUGAUCAGUUGCAAAGAAGCGUCCUGCAAAUUGUGGACGAAUUCUGCCUGUUCUACUGAGCUUGGAUUCCCGAAGCUUUCUCAAAGGAGUGCAUGCAGCAGCAGCAAAUCUUGCCCUGGAGACUGUAUUUCUCUCCUGCUUGAAAUGCACACAACCCGCUGCUGCACCGGUAUCGUUUUGUUUUUGUCACCUCUAAGGAUUUAGUUCACUCUUAUUUUCUAGUUUACGAUUGAUUAUUUUGCUUUUGUUCUGGGCUGGUAUACAUUCAUUGCAACUAAACGACCAUAGUCCAAUGUUUCUUUUUUUUUACCUAGCUUACUUGCUAUCCUAUUGUUACUAAUCAAUUAAUAGUUAUAACCCUUCUUACAUAUAUUUAGUUGGUAUAUUCUCGAUGGAGUUGUUUUCACAGUUUAUUUGCAGUUACUUAGAUCCCUCUUCUGCUGUCAAUUGCUUUCACGGUGCUCUGAAAGGGAUAGAAGGUGGCAGUCAAAGCUGAAAAUCUGUUUUACAAGACUAACGGAAGUAUUCAGGACAAAGACAGUGUAGAGGAUGCCAAGUUUCAGGAAAAUCCUCUAUGUGCAAGUUAUGUCGUUGCGGCAAAUUGACUCUGGUAGGAAAAUAUCUGGAUCAGAACACAACAUUGAUCUGAAUGGAGAUGCUUUUGAGUGGAAAACGAGUCAAAUGUGGACGCUGCUAGCAAGAGUCAAGAUGUGAGUUUCAGUGGAGAACUUCUUCUAGCCGUGAUUCGCUCAGUGUCAGUAGAUAAGUCUGAGGAAUUUAGUCCCAAGGCGACUGGCACAGGUUCUAACAACGUGGUUUCCUCAACGGCAACUUCACUUGCUUCUGCGCCUCAGUUUGUCUUGCCUAAGAUAUCAGCACCUGUUGUUGACCUUUCUAAUGAAGAGAAAGACAGUUUGCAGAAGCUGGUGUUUUUGCGCAUUGUUGAAGCAUAUAAGCAAAUAUCAAUGUCUGGUGGUUCACAACUUCGCUUUCCUCUUCUUGCUCAUUUGGGAGUUGAGUCUCCUUCAGAGUUAGACCCUUGGAAAAUGUUACCAUGAGGGACAUGAGUUGACUGUGCGGAUUCUUUACAGGCUAUACCGGGAGGCAGAAGCAGAAGAAGAUUUCUUCUCGUCAACUACUGCUGCGUCUGCAUCUUAGUGAACUUUUGACUAGGAUAUUUGAUAUUUCUCAGAAACAUUUUUACCUUCUUGGCUGAAGCACUUAGAGAUUCUUUUCCACCGUCUGACAAAUAUUUAAAUAAAUUGCUUGGAGAUUCUCCAUUUCUGCCGAAAUCAGUUCUGAAGUUAUUGGAAUCGUUUUGCUGUCCUGAAAGUGGUGACAAGGUUGAAAAUGAUUUGCAAAGCGGAGAUCGUGUUAUUCAAGGUCUCAGUGCUGUUUGGAAUCUGAUUUGAACGAGAUCUGUAAUGCAGAAUGACUGCCUGAAGACCGCUUUGCAGAGUGCUGUUCAUCACUUAGAAGAGAUUCGCAUGAAAGCAAUCCGACUGAAGCACGACCUCUUUGUCCCUGUGUUCAGCAUUUACAAAGAUGCAUCAAGUCCUGUUAAGCAGGUCAUAGAUGCAUGCAAUACCUGUUUCGCACAGAGGCAGACAUUCGCUCAACAGGCUGAAUCAACUGGUACGAUAACAAUCUCCAUCUUACCGAGUUUGUUCUUCAGGUCCAGCAAAUUCCACUCCCAAUGUUUUUCAUGCUCGGACUUCAUCCUGGAGAUCCAUUCCCGUCUGGUUAGCGAACAGGAGCGAUGUUUGCGUUAUACCUAUGGACGAUAUGCUGUAAUAGGCGGUCAAUGGCAGGCAGUGGCUCCUGAGGAAUGUGCUAUUAAAAAACCAGAUAUCGUUGUGGUGAAAGCAGAUGUUGUUGAUGAAGAAGUUAAGUGUUAG